AUGUCAGUCCCCAAACCAUGCUGUUCCGCAUGCAAUGCCACGGGCCGUCUUCAGUGCAUGCAGAGCUCAGGCGGACUGCAGAAACAGUGGAGAGUGUCCGCCGUGUUUCCAGUCAGACCAGCUCGCAUCGAGGACUGGACGGACUGGGAGGGAGGGGUGGAGGCUUCUCUACACCUGCAGUGCUACGGCGCCGUCACACAGCAUCAUCAUCAUCAUCAUCAGCUGGGAGUCACUCUCCGCAUCCAGCUGCGUCGAGCCCGCGUCAUCACGCACAACAACAUCCGAUCAAAGAUGGCGGCCCAGGUAGAGUUGUGUUGUUUGGAGAGUUUCCCCUCUCACCUGAGUCCUCUGGAUGUUCUGAUGUUACAGUGUCACUUGGAUUCAGUAUUUCAGACCGACAUAGACCCACCGACCCUCCUCUUCACCCCGCAGCGGCCCGAGGGCUCUGACAGGCCGGGCAUUUUACUGCGAGUUCACCCGACCACCGAAGAGGAGACAGCGGGCUGUGGAGGAGGAGCCUCCCGCCGGGCAGAGCUCAGUGCCCGGGCAGUGUGUCUGUUCACCAGCCGCCUCUUCAUGCAGCUCCACGGGCUCCAGCGGCUCGGCAGCAGGGGGACAAUCCGAGCUCUGGAGCCUGUCAGUCUGGACAGAGUGGUGCUGGGAGCCCGCAGCAGACAGAGCCUCCGCCGGGCAGCAGAGGAGAGGUUCACCGCCGGACUGCUGGAGCUCUGCCGCCCGGGACAGACGCUGCUGGCCCGGCGGGGAGAGCCGCUGCUGCUGCCGGGAGAGGACCAUGGCCAGGACCGUCAGCUAGACCUGUUGGUGUUGGACUGCAGUCCCGUUACUCAGGGCGUGAUCACGGCCGCCACCUCUGUGGUUCUGACGGACUGCUGGGAUUCAGUGGACCCUCUAGGCCUGGCCCCCCGUGGCCCCGCCCCUUCCGCUAGACCGCUCCGACUCUGCGUGUCAGACUUCGCUCAUUACGCCGACGGCCUCGGAGGAGGCCGGUCUCUGCUGGACAACAGGAAGCUGCUGGACUCGGGGUUCUCCGGCGUCCUGCAGGCGUUGGAGUGCAGGCUGGACGUGCGGGUGGUGGACGUCGGGCGGAGGAUCGGGGUCGAUGGCGUGGACGUGGACAGCGGCGUUUUUGUCAGUAAGCAGCUGCUGCUCAGGCUCGGACUCUUCAACCAGGAGUGGGUGAAGCUGUCGAGGCCGGGCGGGCCCUCCAGACCGCCGAUGCGUCAGAAUGAGGUCAGAGGGGGCGGGGCCAGAGAGCGGCUGGUGUCUGUGGUGGUCGUGGAUCCAAGUCAGAGUCCAGACCUGCAGAGUCAGGAUGAAGUCGGUUUCAUAUCAGAGACUCUUUGGUUCAACAUGAGCGAGGGAGAAGAGAUCCCCGUGAGCAGCUGCACGCUGAGGAUGAAGAGGUGGCGGUCGUCUGCUCCGGACGCCGGAGGCUCACGCUCUGACAGUUUCUGCCGCUCGGCGUCUCCUCCGUUUGCCAGCGAGCUUCACAUCCAGCUGGUCGUCUCUCCGCUGUACAACAACCUGAGCUGCUGCGAUAACCUGCUGUCUGAGCACUUCAGCACGCCAAGACUGGUUUCAGAGGGAGACAUCCUGACGGUUCCUGCUGAGAAACAUCCCGACCUGCUGCAGAGCAACGCCGAGGGAAUCCACAGGUGUCCGGUGUUGUUCUUCAAAGUUCAGAAAGUGUGUCGAUCUGCAGACAGAGAUGAAGAAGACAGAGGAGGAGGGGGUGGAGCUUACCUGGCGGACAGAGAGCACACCUCUCUCUACAUGGGAGCAUCCACCAACAGCAGCGUCCCCGGCUGCUGUCUUCAUGGAGCGUCUCUGUUCGGCUCUCUGUCUCCUCCUGGACUCAACAGGACCGUCGACCUCCUCAGCAGCAUCAUCCUGCCUCACCUGCAGCACAGCUCUCUCUCCGGUUGCACAGUCCUCCUUCACGGUCCAGCAGGAAGCGGGAAAAUGACGGCAGUGAGUGCGGCGAGUCGUAGACUGAACCUCCACCUGCUCAAGGUGGACUGCGUGAGCGUGUGCGCCGACUCUGCCGCAGCGUCUGAGGUGAAGUUGUCGUCUGCGUUUCAGCGAGCCGAAGCUCUGCAGCCGUGCAUCCUGCUGCUCAGGAACCUGCAGUUCCUCCUCCGCCCUCGAGGGGGCGCCGAAGAGGACGGCAGACUGCAGGCGGCGCUCUGCCAGCUGCUGCACAGCGCCCCCACCAGUGUGGUUGUCGUGGCGACGGUCUGCAGACCUCGGGAUCUUUCUGCAGGUGUAAUGGCGGCGUUUAUCCAUCAGGUGGAGGUAGAGAAUCCCAAUGAGGAGCAGAGACACUUGAUGCUGGUUCACCUGAGCCAAGACCUGAGUCUGGGGAGAGACGUCGACCUGCAGAGACUCGCCAAACUCACCGCGGGUUUUGUGUUGGGGGAUCUGAGCGCUCUGAUGGUGGAAGCAGGCCGAGCGGCGUGCAGGCGGCUGAAGCACACCUGCGCUGGUCGGCAGGAGGCAGACCUGUGCUCCAGUGGAGUCACCAUCAUGAACCAGGACUUUAGCUCCGCCCUCCAGACCCUGCAGGACGCCCAGUCCACCGUCAUUGGAGCCCCUAAGAUCCCUGACGUGCGCUGGGAGGACGUCGGCGGUCUGCAGGCGGUGAAGAAGGAGAUCCUGGACACGGUGCAGCUCCCUCUGCAGCGACCCGAACUCCUGUCUCUGGGUCUGAACCGGACCGGGGUCCUGCUGUACGGACCACCGGGGACCGGGAAGACGCUGCUAGCCAAAGCAGUGGCUACAGAGUGCUCCAUGACGUUCCUCAGCGUUAAAGGUCCAGAGCUGAUCAACAUGUACGUGGGUCAGAGCGAGGAGAACAUCAGAGAAGUGUUCAGCAGAGCGCGCUCAGCCGCUCCGUGUGUCGUCUUCUUUGAUGAGCUUGACUCGCUCGCUCCCAGCAGGGGGCGCAGCGGGGACUCAGGAGGUGUGAUGGACAGGGUGGUGUCUCAGCUCUUGGCCGAGCUUGAUGCUCUGCACUCGUCCGUUGGAGUUUUCAUCAUCGGAGCGACGAACAGACCUGACCUGCUGGACCAAUCACUGCUGAGGCCGGGGAGGUUUGAUAAGCUCGUUUAUGUCGGGAUCAAUGAGGACCGUGAGUCUCAGCUGCUGGUUCUCCAGGCAGUCCUCAGAAAAUUCCAGUUGGAUGAAACAGUAAAGCUGCAAGAAGUUGUCGAUCAAUGCCCCAUCCACAUGACCGGCGCUGACCUGUACGCUUUGUGUUCAGACGCCAUGACGGUAGCCAUCAAGAGGAAGAUCUCUCUAAUCAGCGACGGUUUGGAUUCUGAGGACUCUCCUGUCCUCCUCACAGCUGAUGAUUUCUCUGUGGCGUUGGAAAACUUUACGCCGUCGGUGUCAGAGCAGGAGCUGCAGCGAUACAGGAACAUCCAACAGAAACUCACUGUGAAGUAAAACUGAAAUAUGACGACACUUAACUUUUAAAACUAUUAAUUUAAAGUAUAAAUGUGAAAAUCCUCUCUGUAAAUGACUGGAUAUGUACAUAAUGUAAACCCAGAGGUAAUUUAUAUGAUUAAUAAUGUGAAAUAUGAAUAAAUAAAGUCAAAACAGA